AUGGGUCUACCAAUGCUACGGCACUGUUGCGGCUGCCUUUCCUUAGAAAGAGGCUGUUUGCUGCUUGCUGUUAUUUCGACUUUGGCCUGCAUUUUGAAUAUCAUUGCGGGAUCAUGGAACCUUCCAAACCACAAAACCAGGGAACAGGAAGACAACCUCAUCUCCAUGACAAUGGUCAUGUUCUCCACUCUAUCCGCUAUCAGCAAUAUCAUAGUCCUCUUCGGCAUAUGCAGAAGACGGCCGAACUACCUUCAGCUAUCCUUGCUAUUCAACUCUGUCUUCAUUCUUUGCAUCUUCUUGGUGGCGACAGUGACGUCUCUCUUCAGCCCCGAGUUCAGCCCCUAUGUGGAAACGCCAGCUGGUGUUGCUCUGGUUGUUAUAGCAAUUAUAGUUGGAGCUUUAUAUUCGUUAUACUACUUGAUUGUAGUGAAUAGUUUGUACAGAAAAAUGAAGAUGUCGUACAGCGAAACAGCUCUACCAAUGUAA